GUUUCCGUUGCGUUAGUUGUUGGCGGGAUGGCGGCGAGGCAGGUCGCGCGGCUCGAGCGGGAGCGGGGCGCCAAGCCCGACUGGGCCGGGAUGGCCGUGCUCCCCGAGAAAAUAGUCAACAGUUGGGUCCUACAGUUCUACUUCCACCGGGCGAUAGAGGCGUAUCGCUCCGGGCGCAACCGCGACUUUCGCCAGUUCCGUGACAUCAUGCAGGCGCUGCUCGUGCGGCCCCUGGACAGGGCGCCGGAGAUGGCGCAGAUGCUCCGGAUAAUGCAGCUGCUGUCGCGGGUCGAGGAGGGCGAGAAUCUCGAUUGCACCUUCGACAAGGAGUCAGAGCUGACCCCGCUUGAGUCGGCAAUGCUUGUUCUGGACUUCAUCCACGAGGARUUCUCUGUGGAGGACAAGACUAUGGAGGCGGUGCAGAAGAUGGUGAAAGAAGCAGCUGUUGUUGUUUGCAUCAAGAACAAGGARUUUGAUAAAGCUUCAGAUAUUGUCAAGAAGUACAUGGGAAAGGAGUCCAGAACCCAAAAAAAGAAGAACGAGUGGUUGGCUGUCAUCCGGGAGAAGAACCCCUCUCAUCCAAAGGUCCAAAACUUCUCCUAUGAGGACUUCCAGCAGAGCAUCUUUGCAUUCCUGGAGAACUACGUGGACGAGUUGCAGCCAGCGCUGCUGAUGUUAUUGAAAAAGACUUCGAAUUCGGAACACGCCGACAAAACAAAAUCRUCCCUGGAGACUCCUGAGUGUCCAGAUGGGCUGAAUGGUCAGGCAGCAGCUCCAGAGGCCUCUGGAAAGGAGGAGGAAGGCCCAGACAGAGCUCCAGAGCCUGCAGGAGCCACUGAAGACCUCGAAGGAGCUGCCAACCCUGCAGAAAUGGCCGCUGGUCCAAAGGCAGCUCCAGAGAUCAUGGAAGAAGCUGAUGAACCUGCAGYAGCUCUGGAACCUAUGGAAGUAGUCAUCGAGCCACCAGCAACUCCUGAACACGUAGCAGCCGUGUCUGAUAGCCUGAAGGACACUUCAGAGCCUAUGGAAAUCACCAAAGAACCWGAAGCAGCGACCCCAGAGCUCCCAGGCGUGUCCGGGGAAUCACCAAGGCAGUUCCCUGGAGCUAUAACCUCGUGUGGGAUUUCUGUUCUGAGAGAAGCUUUCAAGAUCCUGUCGAAGUCCRGGGACGCGGAUGCACAGUUCACCAAGCUGGAUGAAACCAACUUGCCUUCCCUCAAGCAACUGUCUCCUUCUGUAUCCCACAGAACCAAGAGACGCAGAACAGAGGAGAAUCACGAUUCUGAGACCUCAGAGCCUCCUGAAAUAGCCCAAAACACCAAAAACUCGUUCCUCAUAAGCAAUCUGGUCCAGGAGUUGAGUGGCGCAACCCGCAACUCGAGUGAGAGCCCUGACUCUUCCCAGGAGCACGUGGUCUCGUCAGCUCAGAAAUUGCCUGAGGCGUCCUUGCCUGGCCCGAGUGACAAGAAGCCCUCACCUUUCCGAGGAAAGUGGUGCAGCAARUUUGUCGUGGAAGAGAAAGAAACUUGGAGCGAUGAGGACGAGCUUUUCGCCGAUGCAGAAUUACUCGUGAGAAAUAACCGAGGCACCAAGAAACAGAAAUGGACCUCACAGGAGAGCGAGUGGAUCAAGGAAGGAGUGAGGAAAUAUGGAGAAGGGAGGUGGAAAGCCAUUUGCCUCAAGUACCCCUUCAGGAACCGCACGCCAGUGAUGAUCAAGGAUCGCUGGAGGACCAUGAAGAAACUGGGAAUGCUCUAAAGUUGGUAACCACAGGACCUUCCGUGCAAGAGUUUCCUUGUUCUGUUUUUUGGAAGUUGGACUAUAAUGCCAUCGGUGCCAGUGUGGGAAGCCUCUCUGACACCAAAACCUUGAUUGAUGGGAAUCUGGGAGCUUUGUGCUCCAACUGCAGCUGCAAACAUCAGUCUGCUGCAGGUGGAAGAGGCUGUGCUGCCUUUCAAAUGCACUUUGAACCACCUGGAUUGAGGCUUCCCUUGAUCCACCUGAGCACUGCAGCCUCUGGCAUGAAUCCCAGCUGUUUGCUUUGCUCAGGUGAUCAACAGGAUCAUCUCCUGGGUGACUGUUUUUUUGUAUUUUAAUUAUCUGAGCACUGAAUCACUUAUUUCAUCUGUUUGCAAUUGCCUCUCUUCCACAAGGGAGCAACACCAGAGCCUUUGUGGGGAAGAGCUCCAGCAAAAACAUCUACUGUUUUUUUUCCCCCAUUUAUUUUUACUUUAGAAACAGCUAAGCAGUGAGGGGAAAAUUCAUCACUUCCAGCUCUGAGGCUUUACAGAUUGAAGUUGUGUUUCAGUAUUUGGAAAUGUUUGUUGUUUAUGUGUUAAAUGUUCUGGUUCUGACUGACUGUUACAUUUUCCUUGCACUUAUCCUGGUCCUGUCUGUUCUAUGUGUGAUCCUUGGGAGCGUGUGAGCUCCGAGGGUGCCACGUGUCCCUGCCUUCAGGUGCCAAAGCCGGGACAGUUGUUUGUUAAAUAAAGUUAUUUUCUUGUUUAAAAGCAAA